AUGCACAGCCUCACGGCCACGGCCAUAGGGCCGCCCGGCAGGGAGCCGCUGGGCGUGAUGCUGCUCGGGAAGCUCAAGCCUGGGGGCUUCGACGACGCCUGGUCCGAGGUGUGGCUGAGCGCCGCGGCAACGGGCCUGCUGCACCACAUGCGGCCCGGCCAGGUGGCGCAGGCCUCGUCCAUCCUGCGCACCAUUGAUGAGGCGCACGACCCCGUGACGGCCAUAAGCGUGUUGCUGCAGAGCGGCGCCAAGUUCAUGUUCCGCGCGGUCAACAUAGCCAUGGGCGUCAGGCUGGCCCUUAUAGAUGAGAGCGGCCGCACCGCUCUCGUGUUCGAGUCGGCCAAGGCCGCGCGCCGCAAGGUGGAGCCCCUGCUCGAGGCCGGCAAGACCGUCGCGCCCCCCGCCAACCCGGGGUGUGACGUCACCGUCAGGGAGCUGCCCCUGCAGAACACACUGCUCGCCAGCGCGGUUUCCCAAAAGAAGGCCCGCUUCGUCAAGGACUGCGCCUCCUACAUGCAGAAUUGCCCCGCCCCCGCGCGCGACGUGUUCACGCACGCGACAGAGCUGGUGUCGUCUGUGGUGGUGGUGCCGCUGCUGGUGGGGGAUGCGGUGCUGGGGGCGCUCUACUUCACACAGGACACGCCCUGCGACUUCUCCAACAUACAGGAUGCACUGCUGGGCUUUGUGCAUGCGGUGACCCUGGCGCUGCACAACAAGCUCGCGGGCCAGAUGGCCCAGAUGCGCGCCAUGCUCAAGACGGCCAACAGGCCCUCCCGCGGCGGCUCCGACAGCCAGCCAAACAGCCAGGCCACCAACCCCGUCAUCCGCCAGCUGGAGACCAGCGAGUCCGAGGAUGCAGCAGAUCACGACCCCUCGGACGAUCAGGAGCCCCCCUCCCCGGAAGACAGCGUGCCGCCGCUCUCCCAGUCUGGCGCGAGCGGCGGGCGGCUGUCCAAGAUCAGCAGCCGGCGGCUGUGCACCGAGGGGAUGCUGAGAUCUCUGCAGCAGGAGAUCCGGAAGGGGAAGAGGCGGAGCGUGGAGCUGAGCUUUAUGGCGAACCAGCUGAUGAUCUACGAGCCCAUAGGGCGCGGCGGCUUUGGGCGCGUGUACCGCGGCUCGUGGCACAAGCGGCCGGCUGCCAUCAAGGUGAUGAACGCACGCGCCACCGACAGCGAGGCGGUGUCCGACGCGAUGGAGAUGGCGGUGCUGUCGACCGUCAACCACCCCAACAUUGUCCAGGUCUACUCCUGCCUCACCGACAUGGUGGAGGCGCCGGGGCUGUGCGGCGCGGCCGCCGGCGGCAAGACCGUCCCGUUCUACCGGCGAAUGCUGCCCGGGGAGGACGAGGACCAGCCCACCUACAACAUCGUCGUCAUGGAGUUCAUGGACAGGUGA